CGCUGGGGCCGGCAAGGCCACGGGGAUAAGGGGGAGGGAUGACAAGACUCUGACCCACAACAACGCCGUCAGCCAACGCACCGUAGCCAACAGUCCGGGACCUCGACCGCCGCAGACCCGCACGGAUGAGGGAGUCAGCCCCGAGCAUGAGGAAGAUGGCGCUGAUGACGAUGACUGUGAUGACGGUGAUGAAGGGGGCCCAGUCCUGCGUGGUUCAGGGGUCCGGCACCGUGGAGUGCGUUGGCGGUAACAUCACGGAGAUGCCCUCUCUGAGCCCGCACACCACCGUCACCCUGAAUAUCAGCCAGACCCAUAUCAAAGGAUUGUCUCUCGAGACCUUCACAAACCUGAGACACCUCAGCAAAGUGUGGAUCAUGAAGAACGUCAUGCUGCUGAAGAUCCAGGACUUCGCCUUUGCUAACCUCCCAGCGCUCCGGAUUAUAUACAUCUCUGAGAACCCCGUGUUGGAGACCAUUGGCUCCAACGCCUUCUCCAACCUCUCUGCGCUCAACGAGAUCAUCAUCACCAAGUCGAAGCACCUGAAGAGCAUCCACAGCUCUGCAUUCAGAGGCCUGAGCAAGCUGCAGUACCUAACCAUCUCAAACACCGGCCUCGAGGUUUUCCCAGACUUCAGCAGAAUCCUCUCUACUACAUCGGGAUUCCUGCUGGUCCUAGACGAGAACAGCUUCCUACAGAGGGUCCCCGGAAACGCCUUCAGGGGUCUCUGCACGUGGACCAUCGAUGAGAUACAGCUGACCAGGAACGGCAUCACAGAGGUGGAGAGUGACGCCUUCAACGACACCCAGCUGAUACGACUGAUUCUGACAGGCAACCACCAGCUCACCACCAUCCACCCCAAUGCCUUCUCCGGGUCUGCAGGACUGACGUUACUGGACGUGUCCAACACGGCGGUCCGCUCGCUGCCCGAGUCCAUCCUGGAGGGCCUGGAGACGCUGGGCGCGGAGAACGCCCGCCAGCUGCGGACGCUGCCUCCGCUGUUCGGCCGGCUCCGGCACGCCAACCUCACCUAUCACUGGCACUGCUGCGCCUUCCUCGACUCCAACAGCAAGUCCAAGUGGGACUCCAUCUGUUCACAGCCGGAGGCCCACCUGCCGAUAAACUGGAAGUUCUACCAGACCCACUGCACCAAGUCCUGCAACCCCCAGCCCGACGCGCUGAACCCCUGCACGGACAUCAUGGAGACGUCCCCCCUCAGGGUCCUCAUCUGGGUCAUCUCCCUCCUGGCUCUGCUGGGCAACGCCACGGUGCUGCUAGUGCUGCUAGCCAGCCGGGCCAAGCUCACCGUCCCUCGUUUCCUGAUGUGCCACCUGGCGUUCGCGGACCUGUGCAUGGGCGUGUACCUGGUCGUCAUAGCGAUGGGGGACAUGGUCACGCGGGGGCAGUACUUCAACCACGCCAUUGCCUGGCAGAUGGACUACGGCUGCAACAUCGCCGGCUUCUUCACGGUGUUUGCCAGUGAGCUCUCGGUGUUCACUCUGACCGCCAUCACCUUGGAGCGCUGGCACACCAUCACCAACGCCCUGCGCCUGGACCGCAAGAUCCGGCUGCGCCACGCCUGCGUCGUCAUGGCGGCGGGCUGGGUGUUCGCCCUGCUGGCCGCCGCGUUGCCGACCCUGGGGGUCAGCAGCUACGACAAGGUGAGCAUCUGCCUGCCAAUGGACGUGGAUUCCCUGCUGUCCCAGGUGUACGUGGUGGGCCUCCUGCUGCUCAACGUGCUGGCCUUCCUGGUGGUCUGCGUCUGCUACCUCAGCAUCUACCUGGCGGUGCGCAAGCCCUCGUCCACGCCGGCGCACGCCGCCGACACCGACGUGGCGCAGCGCAUGGCCGUGCUCAUCUUCACCGACUUCCUGUGCAUGGCGCCCAUCUCCUUCUUCGCCAUCUCGGCCGCCCUGAAGCUGCCGCUCAUCACCAUGUGGCACGCCAAGCUGCUGCUGGUGCUCUUCUACCCCAUCAACUCCUGCGCCAACCCCUUCCUCUACGCCUUCUUCACGCGCACCUUCCGCCGCGACUUUGUGCUGCUGGCCGCGCGCUUCGGCCUCUUCAAGGCGCAGGCGCAGAUCUACCGCACCGAGAGCUCCACCUGUCAGCAGCCCGCCUGGGCCUCGCCCAAGAGCAGCCACGGCACGCUGUACUCGCUGGCCAACAUCAGCCACUAGCCCCCCCGGACCCUCUGGUCCUCCCCUCCACCCACCUGCAGCCACAGGACGCUGGACUCACUGGCCAACAGUCACUAGCCCUGGACCCACUAGCCCUCACAGGACCCUGGAACCACUGGCCAACAUGAGUCUCCUCCCCUCCACCCCAGGCCCUUACCAGCAGCCGCCACCAGGGGGCAGUGAGGGUCCAACCCAGAGCCAACGUCUUUGGGGAUAUCUCACGGGAACUGGAGAUGCCAAUAAUGCCGGAGGCACAGUAAACAGUUUUGCAGUUAUUAUUAUUGCAAAGGGAUAUCGUUUGUAUUAUUGUUUGUUUGGUUUUCCUUGUCUUUUUCGUUGUUGAUUAAUCCUUGGUUGUAACCUCCUUCUAUUGAGUCUCUUUACUUUUUGGAGAGUGAAUCAAAUAUUUGAAUUAAUUUAACUCAAAUAUUGUCGACCGGACGUCUUGAGCAUCCACAAGAACAAAAUGGUAAGUGGUAAGGUGUUUUUUUCACUGAACUAAAUGUAAUGCUGUAUUUAAAUCUGUAUCAAACAGUUUGCUUGUAUAUCCUGAAUAGCAUUUAUACAUACCGUAUAUGAUAUAUGAACCCCAGUUUCCUCAUGAGUGGCUAUUAUGUACAGACGACUUAUUGAAGACAGUUCUGGAAAGGAUUGAUUCUUACUCAAAUGCGCGAACACGCACACACACACACACACACACACACACGCACACACACAAACACACACACACACACACACACACUGUCUCUCAAACACAGACACACACACUGUCUCACACACGCACAUUCUCUAACACACACACACAUACUGUCUCACACACACAUACUCUCUCUCACACACACACGCACACACACGCACAUUCUCACACAAACAAACACACAUUCUCUCACACAAACACACACUGUCUAACACACACACACAUUCUCUCAGACACACACACACAAGUACACACAAACAGAAGCGACCCCCCCCCCCCCCCGCACACACACACACACACACAACCAACGUCUCAUUUUAUCUCUUAGCACUCUUCAAGGUUCUUCGUUGCACCCGAGGCGUUCAAGGACAGAGGGACCUUCUCCUGCCAAGGUGUUUGUGAGUCUGUGUGUGUGUGUGUGUGUGUGUGUGUGUUUGUGUGAGAAAGAGAGAAUGUUUGCGUGUGUGAGAAUGUUUGUGUGUGUGUGUUUCUGUAUAAGUAUGUUUAUUUGUGUGCAUGUGUUUUUGUGUGUGUGUGUGUGUGUGUGUGUGUGUGUGUGUGUGUGUGUGUGUGUGUGUGUGUGUGUGUGUGUGUGUGUGU